UGACUUUUGUUUUUCUCCUUUUCUUGCAACAGAAACCUCUUUUUCAUGACUGCAAAACUGUAUAUUGCCCUAUGCCAUCAGGAGGACUUUCUUUAAUGGAUUUGGAACCUGCCUACAAAGUGGAGAACAGAAGAACAGUCGAAGACGUUCAGCAUGAAUUUUGGCCUCUUAACGAAAUAGAUCCAGAGAAUGCUAAGUUCCCCUGUUGUUUAGUGUGGACUCCUCUACCAGUGGUCUCAUGGUUGGCACCUUUCAUUGGACAUGUAGGAAUAUGCACAGAGGAUGGUACUGCUGUCGGCUUUUCUGGUUCCAACUUUAUUAAUGUUGAUGAUUUUGCAUUCGGUUCUGUGGCCAAAUACCUUCAACUACACAGAAAGCAGUGCUGCUUUCCACGAAACCUUGCUGCGCACACAUGCAAGCAUGGCUAUAAACACACAGAGUUUGGGUCUGCAGUUACUUGGGAUGAUGCCAUUCAAUCAAGUAUCCGUCAUUUUGAGCACAAAUCGUAUAACUUAUUCACAUGCAACAGCUAUUCGUUUCUCGCUAAUUGCCUGAACAGGCUCUCUUAUGGUGGAUCAAUGGACUGGAACAUGAUCAAUGUUGGAGCUCUUUUAUUGUUCAAAGGACAUUGGGUUGACAACAUCUCAAUCUUGAGAUCAUUUUCACCUUUUAUUCUAGUUGUAUGCUUUGGCAUUUUCAUGGUGGGAUUGCCUUUUUUGGUAGCACUAUUGGCUUUCUCACUUCUUCUUUUAGCAUGGUUUGUUUUUGGUACUUACUGUGUCAAAAAUCUGUUGGAUUCCUAGAUUUCUUGUAUCACACCUGCUACAAGAUUAAAACUUUUUAAAUUCUUGAUACGCAGAACUGCAUCAUGACACUUCUUGUGAACAGAAAGUGUACAUUUGAUACCCAAAUUUCCAGUACCAAAUGAAAAUUGACAAACA